GAAAAUUUUACGAUCCUGAUUAAAUCUUGUAAGAAAACUUUAAGAUCCUGAUGAAAUCUUAUAAGAAAACUUUAAGAUCCUGAUAAAAUCUUGUAAGAAAACUUUAAGAUCCUGAUUAAAUCUUAUAACAAAACUUUAGGAUCCUGAUUAAAUCUUAUAAGCAAACUUCAAGAUCCUGAUAAAAUCUUAUAAGAAAACUUUAAGAUCCUGAUUAAAUCUUAUAAGAAACCUUUAGGAUUCUGAUUGAAUUUUGUAAGAAACCCUUAAGAACCUGGUUAAAUCCUGUAAGAAACCUUCAAGAUCCUGAUUAAAUCUUGUAAAAACCUUUUAGAUCCUGAUUAAAUCGUGUAAGAAAACUUUAGGAUCCUGAUUAAAUCUUAUAAGAAAACUUUAGGAUCCUGACUAAGUCUUAUAAGAAAACUUUAAGAUCCAGAUAAAAUCGUAUAAGAAAACUCAAGGACCCUGAUUAAAUCAUCUAACAAAACGUUAGGAUCCUGAUUAGAGUCCAUUACAAUCAGUUUUGGAUCAUGAUUAUAUCUUUUAAGAAAAUUUUAAGAUCUUGAUUAUAUCUUUUAAGAAAUUUUAGGAUCCUAAAUAAGAAAAGAUCUUAAAUAAGAUCUUAAAUAGGAUCUUAAAUAAGAUCUUGUUCCUAAAUAGGAUCCUGUAAGAUCUUACAGGAUCUUAUAGGAUCUUGUAGGAUCUUAAAUAAGAUUUCUACCAGGGAAUUUUAUUCUUUUCUUCUUACCUUUCUAUCCUCUUUCAUUCAUGUAUUACUCCAUCCUUCUAUUCUUUUAUUUGUAAUUCUUCCUUUUCCUUUGUUCAUUUUAUCUUUUUCUCCUUUCCAUUCCUUUCUUUCAUUCUUACCUUCUUUUGCUCUUCAAUAAAUGUUGCUUCGUCAUUGUAUCAAUUAUAGGUAAGAGAAUGUGACUUUGUGUUGUUCUUUGAAUGUUCUGAACAAGUGAUGGAAGAUCGUCUUUUGAAACGUGGUGAAACCAGUGGAAGAUCAGAUGAUAAUACUGACACGAUUAGAAAGAGAUUUAACACUUUCAUUGAUAAAACCAUGCCCGUUGUUCAACACUAUGAUUCAAUAAAAAAACUUAAGAAGGUUUGUGGCAUGUUGUCGUUGUUGUUGCCAUUGUUGUUUCUCAGUGUUGUUAGUUGUUGUAUUUUUCCUGUAUUGUUAUAGGUAGAUGCGUGUCGCGAUGUAAAAGACGUUUUCCAAUCUGUGUGUGAAGUAUUUAAUGCCGCAGGAAUUUUACCGACGAAAGAAACAAUUCAACGGACAUCAGGUUAACAACAAAUAGUUUAUUCAUAGUUGUGUUUCAUAAUCCCAAAACUGUGUUUAGAAUACUAACAUGUAAUAUUAAUUUACUAAAUGUACUGCAAAUUUUAGGCGCUGCUGCAGAGGAUUCAUCUUCUUCAAGGUUUAGAGGUCAAAGGAUACUUUUCGUUCUAGGUACGAGUUUACAUUUCACUAGGUACGAGUGUGUUCUCACUGUAUUUUAAUCAUGAAGUGUUAGUUUUAAUCUUUUUCAGAUAGUUCAGACACAAACCACGGCAGUGUAAAAUACUACCUGCAUUGUAUCGUCACAUAUAUUUUAUAUGUCAUUUUGACUUUGUCAGGAGGCCCUGGGUCUGGUAAAGGCACUCAAUGUGCGAAGAUUGUGGAGAAGUUUGGUUAUACGCAUCUCUCAACUGGAGAUCUACUACGAGAAGAACUAAAGAAAGACACAGACAGAGCAAGAAUGAUGAGCGAGAUUAUGAAGGAUGGAAAAUUAGUCCCACAGGUGAAUCUUUAGUUAAAAUAUGAACGAGAAUUCUGCACAACGUAUUCCUCUGCUAAUAUUAAUUUUCCCGUUCAGGAAAUCAUAGUGGAGUUACUGAAAGAUGCCAUGUUGCAACAUCCUCAGAGUCCUGGAUUCCUCAUUGAUGGUUUUCCUCGGGAACUGGGUCAGGCCAAACAGUUUGAAAACGAGGUAGCGUUGAAAACAAUUUCUACGGAGCAGUAAGCGGUAGUCAACCUUGACAAAGUUCGUAUUGGAGCAAGAAAAUUUCACUACAUCCGCAAUUCUAUUUAUUUGCCUCCAAAUACAAGACUUCUACAUAUAAUGAAAAGAAUUAGCCUUUCUCACGCCGCCAUUUUUGGGGUACUGUAAUUUUUCGUAAACGUUUAUAACAAUGUGAAAAGCAAUAGUUCAGAACAAACUAACUAUUUGCAGAGAAAAUUUACCAUUAUACACCCACAAAAUUUUAAAAUGUCGCCGUUACGUGGUGUUACGCUGGUAGAAUUGACAAAAAAAGUACCCCAAAAAUGGCGGCGUGAGAAAGGCUUAUUGACAUUAUUUUCUCAGUUAACCUGCGUAGUUCUUCUUUUAGUUAACCUGCGUAGGGUGGGGUAGUGGGGCGAGGGCGGGAGAAAGUGGGGGGGGGGGGCUAAGUCAACCCCACCUAUUUCUAACUGUCUCAUAUUUAUUUUGAUGUAUUUCAGCUCGCGCAGUGUGAUAGAGUCGUGUUCUUCGAGUGUACAGAAGUUGUGAUGGUGGAGAGGUUAUUAAAACGAGGAGAAACGAGCGGACGGGCAGAUGAUAAUUCAGAAACCAUCAAGAAACGUUUUCAAACAUACAUUGAAAAAACUUUGCCUGUCAUUCAAUAUUAUGAAACACUGAAUAAAGUCAGGAAGGUUUGUCAGCUCGCGUGUUAUACGGAAAAUCUAUCACUAGCAUUAAACCUCGGUUAAACCAGGAUGAGACUUGAUGAAAGUUGGCAAGCGCGAGUUCAUUUGCAUGGAUAUUAACACGAGCGUAGCAAAAACUCUCAUCAACGAGUAUUCUCAAUAUUUGAACCAACUCAAUGUUGACGUGCAUGAGUGGUGAUGAGACUUUUUGAGAAUUGAACGAAAGUUGCAACUCAAUUCUCAUCAACUCUCAUCCUCGUUUGAUUAUUAUUAUUAUUUAAUCAUCUUUAAAAACGGUAACCCUUCAAUCCACGUAGGGAGUUGCUUUUCAAGGGGCCGUUUACACACCUAUUUACACACUUAUACUACUUCACUAAAAAAACCUACUAAAUACUCAAAUUAUUAAAAUUACACACUUUCCAACUAUUUACAAGUCAUAUAAUCAAGUUAAGUAUACAAUUACACAAUUUUUCACUCUUAGAUUGACGCUACUCGUGAUGUCGAUGAAGUAUUUGAAGAUGUUUGUGAAAUGUUUGCUGACUUGGCGCAAUUACAUCUUGAUAACAAGAAUAAAACAAGUUAGUUAUAUUCCUCUUAAAAAGCUGCCUGUGUUUGUGUUUCGCGCUAAGGUCUUACGUCACGAAGUUAUUUAAUCGUAAUUAUAUAAGAAGAGCGUGUUUUUAUUCAGCCUCAGUAUUAUGAUUGUGAAAUAGUCUGGAUCUACAGUAUCUUAUCUUUUGUAUGUUGAAUGUAGAUCAGUCUUAGAUGAUUGAUGAUGAGAUCCUAACUUGAUCGCAUUGUCCACCUUGACAUGACCCCGACCAUCACGACCAAACGGAAAGCAGGACAUCGGCACAGAAUAGAUACCGGACCAGAAGUGUCACUCCUAUGUGUUUUGGCUGAAGGAAAACGUCCGAAAUUUUUUGGCGUGCUAUGACGCCAUCCUGGAGUGCACCCGGCACUUUGUACCUAUGUUUUCCUAUGAAAAACUUCCGUGUGCACUCCAGGAUGGCGUCAUAUGAUGGCGUAUUUUCACGUCAGCACUCGUAAAAUUUCGGACAAAAUAUCGUCUGAGUGACACUUCUGGUCCUGUAUCUAUUCUGUGACAUCGAGCAGCGGUUAGCAACAAAGUGGCGUCAUUUAAAUGUUUUAUUUUGACAGUUGCAAGUGAGUCUAAAGAUGAGGAUUUCAAAGACGCAGUUGCUGAUUUGUUUGCUCACAUGGACAAACAUGAACAGGGGCAUGAAAGCCAGGAGGAAGAAACAAAGAAAAUACCUGUAGAAGAGCCAGCGGUCACCGCUGAAGAACUUGUGCCUUUGGGAGAUUUGAAAACAGCUGUACCUACACACAAGAGUUUGCUGAAUGCGCGCGUUAUUUUUGUCAUAGGUAAAUUGAACUAACUUUAUUUAUACUGGAUAGCUCUAUCAGUUCUAAACUGUUCUUCCAAGAGGUCCAGUAAGGAUCAUCUCUUAUUGAUCCAGUGUUACUACAGGAGGAAAGCUAAACUAAACUAACUUUAUUUAUACUGGAUAGCUCUAUCAGUUCUAAACUGUUCUUCCAAGAUGUCCCGUAAGGACCAUCUCUUAUUGAUCCAGUGUUGCUACAGGAGGAAACAUAAGUGGUGUUUAGUGGACUCAAACUGGAAGCACUCUUCUUCUCGUGACGGAGACACACCCAUUUUUCUUUUGUAGGUGGUCCUGGGUGUGGAAAAGGAACACAGUGUGCAAAAAUUGUCGAAACCUUCAAUUAUACCCAUCUAUCCACGGGUGAUUUGCUGAGAUCUGAAGUGUCCUCAGGUUCUCCUCGAGGUCAGGAACUGAGCGCCAUUAUGGAGAGAGGGGAACUGGUGCCUAUGGUAAGUUGACCUCAAUCUGGUGCAUCGUAACGCGUUAUAAUAAAGCCCACCAAACCUCCACAAGAGGAAAGAGACUGAGAACGACGCUUGCCCACCAAUUGUCGUUGGUCAUCAGCAUAAUCAACAAUAAACUCUUACUAUAUUUUCUAGGAAACUGUUCUAGAAAUUCUCAGAGAUGCUAUAAUCAAACAACCGAACACAAUAGGAUUUCUGAUUGAUGGUUUUCCAAGAGAACUGGAGCAAGCAAUUCAGUUUGAAAAUGACGUAAGCGAACAUUUCUACAGUUUCUAGGAACUCUGGUUUUCUUCCUCACUGUAAAUAUUUAACCAGCACUUGUCGUGAUCACCACCCUGGCUUUUCAACUUGGGAGACUUGGGUUCAAUCCUUGGUCGGACUUCGACUCAAGGUCUUAAAAUAAUUGAGGAGAAAGAGUAAAUAGUUAAACUUUCGCGUCUUCUCGGAUAAGGACGUUAAAAUCGUAGGUACCUCGAAUCCCCUAUUAAUUGGGCAAUAUCCUGUUGAAAAAUCCGCCCACCAAUGGACCAUUUGCAUUAUAGACUAAAUUUUUAUCUAGACAGAAAUUUCAUCACAGCUUGAAAGAGCAUCACAAAAUUAGUAAUAUUCCAAAGUUUCGUUGAGAAAAGUUGUAAAAUGCGGAUAAUAUAGCCUUGCGAAAUUUGCAAUUUUCAGUCAUUUUGUAUUACAAACGGGAAAUUGAUGCCCCAACACCCGAUUGGGCUGUCAAUUUCCCGUGCGUGAUACAAAAUGACUGAAAAACGGCAAACUUCGCAAGGCUAUAUUAUCCGCAUUUUAGAACAUUUCGCAACGAAACUUUGGAAUAUUACUAAUUUUGUGAUGCUCUUUCAAGCUGUGAUGAAAUUUUUGUCUAGAUCAAAAUUUAGUCUAUAAUGCAAAUGGCCCAUUACCCAUUCCGAAGUUGAUGAGAGGACUGGGGGCGAGUGUUAAAAAGUGCUCAAAUUAAGAAAUGAAGCAAAUCACUAAAAAGACCACCUCAAAAUUAGUAAAUAUACAAAGUUUGAAGGCGUUCACAUGAAUACCCUUCGAAUAAUAAGCUUUCGAAAAUCGCGAUAUUUACUAUGAAAUGUACUGUAAUUUUUUAUUUGAAGGUAUUCAUGUAAACGUCUUCAAACUUUGUAUACUUAUUAAUUCUGAGGUGGUCUUUUUAGUGAUUUAGUUCAUUUCUUAAUUUGGGCACUUUUUAACACUCGUCCCCAGUCCUCUCAUCAACUUGGCUAAUGAGUGAGAAACUCAAAAAGCCUUUCACCCAGGUCUUCACUUGUGCUGCGUGAGCAGACAUGAUGGUGAGAUUACUUACUUUCUAUUUCUUCAGAUUGCUGUAUGUGAGUGCGUGCUAUACUUCGAGUGUUUGGCAGAGACAAUGACAGCCAGACUAUUGAAACGAGCUGAAACGAGUGGUCGCGUGGAUGAUAAUGAAGAAACUAUUAAGAAACGUUUGGAAACUUUCUUCACGCAAACAUUGCCUGUUGUACAACAUUAUGACGAGAAAGGAAAUAUACACAAGGUAAGGUUUGGGGACCCAUGCUUGCCCCUUUUACAUUUUAUGUCCGGUGUGUUUAUGUCACUUCCACUAUCGCUAUGGUUACCGUAUUAAGCCUGUGAGAGUGGAAGUCAAAUCUGAAUCUCCGGUUAGUGUGUCCAGUGCGUUUGAUGGUACAACAUGAUUAUUGUACAUACAGUUCAACUAUGUUGUGACGCUGUUUGCAUGAUUCCUCCAAUGUGCAGUUGUCUGAUUUUUACUUUACCUCAGUCUCAUGUCAGAAGAGUGCUUCCAGUUUGACUCUACCAAACAUCGUUAUUUUUCCUGUAGUAACACUGGAUCAAUAAGAGACUAGCCUUACUGGACCUCUAGGAAGAACAGUUUAGAACUGAUAGAGCUAUCCAGUAUAAAUAAAAGUUAGUUUAGUUUAGGUUUCCUCCUGUAGUAACACUGGAUCAAUAAGAGACUAGCCUUACCGGACCUCUAGGAAGAACAGUUUUAGAACUGAUAGAGCUAUCCAGUAUAAAUAAAAGUUAGUUUAGUUUAGGUUUCCUCCUGUAGUAACACUGGAUCAAUAAGAGACUAGCCUUACUGGACCUCUAGGAAGAACAGAACUUUUAGAACUGAUAGAGCUAUCCAGUAUAAAUAAAAGUUAGUUUAGUUUAGGUUUCCUCCUGUAGUAACACUGGAUCAAUAAGAGACUAGCCUUACUGGACCUCUAGGAAGAACAGUUUGAACUGAUAGAGCUAUCCAGUAUAAAUAAAAGUUAGUUUAGUUUAGGUUUGCUCCUGUAGUAACACUGGAUCAAUAAGAGAUGAUCCUUACUGGACCUCUAGGAAGAACAGUUUAAAACUGAUAGAGCUAUCCAGUAUAAAUAAAAGUUAGUUUAGUUUAGGUUUCCUCCUGUAGUAACACUGGAUCAAUAAGAGAUGUUCCUUACUGGACCUCUAGGGAGAACAGUUUAGAAGUGAUAGAACUAUCCAAUAUUAAUAGUAAAGUUAGUUUAGUUUAGGUUUCUUCCCGUAGUAACACUGGAUUAAUAAGAGAUGAGCCUUACUGCAAACCUAGAAAACUAAAUAAACUGAUAAUUUAGUUUAAUAUGUAAACUAAAUAAAGUUAUAGUUGAGCUUGUUCAAAAUUUCUAAGAUGUCCAGUUUCUUUAGAUUGCAGCUGAAGAAAGUGCAGAAGAAAUUUUUGUCAAAGUGAAAGCAAUUCUUGACGCUCUUCCACAACGUGAAUAAAAAUGUCUGUAAAGGUGAGAGGGAAAGCAUUAUUCAAGGUAAACAUUAUUGUACAAUUUUCAAAUGCACCAUUCAUCUCAAUCCAAUCCAAGCCACACAUAUAUAAGGAAGCGAUGCAUCGUUGAACUCCUAACAUCACAGACUUUCAUUCUUAAAUGUGGGACGUUGCCAUGCAAGACUAUUUUGCACUUAAUUUCCAAACUCUAAUCCCUGAUCGGAAUGAAACACCAAGAUAGAGACAGAGUUAUCUGAAAAAAUGGGACUCUUUAGUUUGGUUGUUUUUUGAUUCAAUGGAAAGAGCUGUGGAAAUCAUACACCGGUCUAUCUUAAUCCUUUGCUAUCCUUAUUGGAUUAUGAUAACAGUUUUGAAAUAUGUAACCAUUAACUUAACCUCGUACCCAUAAGCUCAUGCUAGCCGCGCAGAGGAAAAAAGCCUGGGUAUGAGGGUACGAUUACAUACACGCGCAAUCUCGUUCCCCGAGCCUGCGAUCCUCGGGAAGGAACGCGAGGCUCUGGGAUAAUCCGUUUCAGGGAGGAAUCUGAUUGGCCAUUGAAAUGGAAUGCGUAGUUCAAUCUUAGCCAGGAUUCUUGGCUUCCGGUAACGGAUUAUCCCAGAGCCUUCGAUUCCUUCCCAAGGAUCGCAGGCUCGGGGAACGAGAUUGAUACACGCGCAAAUUCUGGGUACGAGGUUGAUUUACAUAUAUACUCGCACCUUAUUUGUAUGUCAUAUUCAAACUUACAAAGAACUUAUGUCAUAUUCAAUUAUCACAUUGCACUUAUCAUGAAAAUAUGUCAGUAUAUAUAAAAUAAAAUAUAAGUUUAUACAUAUGAAACAAUAAUUUUUUGCUCAGUAAAUAUUUGUUUGUAAGAGAUGUGUUUGGUGUGUUUCGUGCUAUAAACAGACAAUGCAGGAAGUGGCAUACAUUAGUAGAUUUAGG